AUGCUCGGAAGACGUGUUCCAUUGAGUUUCCGAAGGCUAUUUUCCACCGAGGAAGCCUCCAGAGCAUAUCAGCAGCAACUGGACAAGGCUAGGGUGGACUGUUUGGCUUUGCUCAAUAAGUACGACCGCUCAUCAUUUUUGCUGUCUCAUUAUGUUCCAGAGCCCAUCAGAGACUCAUAUACCGCUAUCAAGGCUUUCAACGUUGAGUUGAAGAAAGUCAGUGAUGGUGCCUCCACAUCCUCCAACUCUCAGCCAAACCCUGCUUUGGUAGACAUCAAGCUCAAGUUUUGGGAAGACCUCAUGGUGAAAAUUUUCACACAAAGCCACUCAAAUGUGGCAUUGGGUGAACCAAUAGCAACUCUUCUGAGAGAAGGCCUCAAGCAGGAUCAGAUGCUCGAUCUGGGAGUUUUCCAGCAAAUCAUAUCGGGUAGAAGCCAUUACGUGAGGAACGAGGCUCAGAGAGGGUUUGCCAAUAUCGACGCCAUUUGUUCGUUUGGAGAGUCCACUGAUUCUCAAGUCAAUUAUGCACUUCAGGGAUUAUUGCUCUCGCCUUCACUUUCUCCAGCGGCAAAUAAAUUCCUGGAACUGGUGCCCUCAGAAACGAGAGCUCUCAUGAGCGAGAUAGCAGCACAUAUUGGGCAAUCCACCUCAUUGGCGAGCGUGAUAGUUGGACUAAAAUAUUUUGCAGCUGCAAAGAACCGGGUGCUUCUUCCUCUGGACUUGAUGGCUAAACACGGUCUUUCACAGGAGUCUGUGUUGAGAAUUGGCCAGGGUCAUGAAGAGCCUGCCGAUGUCACUGCCAAACUACAGGAUGUGGUCUUCGACGUUUCAGUGGCGGCCAACGACCAUUUAAUGACUGCCAGAAAUAAGUUUGAUCGUGUGAAAGAGUCGAUCAGAGAAACAAUUGCAGAGAACAGAUCCGAAAAGUGGUUGACCUCUGCUUCCAAAAGGUGGAGGCAUAAAGUGUCAGACGUGAUCUUUGUUCCAUAUAUGGCAGCUGUACCCACCGAACUUUAUUUGGAAAGACUUGAAAAAUACAACUUCAACGUGCUGCAUCCUAAGCUGGCUACACCUGAGUGGCGACUUGCGUGGAGAUCGUAUCGCAAUUACAACUCCAGAUCUAUAUAG